AGCCCAGCCGGAGCCAUGGCCUGCCCCCGCUUGCUCUUCUCCCUGCUCGGCCUGCUCGCCCUGGCAUCGGCCUGCUACAUCCAGAACUGCCCCUUGGGGGGCAAACGGGCCCUUCCAGACCGGGACGGCAGGAGGUGCCUGCCCUGCGGCCCUGGGGGCAAAGGGCGCUGCUUUGGGCCCAACAUCUGCUGUGGUGAGGAGCUGGGCUGCUACAUGGGCACGGCCGAGGCCCUGCGCUGCCAAGAGGAGAACUACCUGCCCUCCCCAUGCCAGGCUGGACACAGGCCCUGCGGCGGUGAAGGGGGCACCUGUGCCACUCCAGGCAUCUGCUGCAGCAGCGACGGAUGCAGCGUGGACCCCAUUUGUGAGCACGAGCCGGAGUUUCCCUAGGCUGGGCAUCAGCAGCCGGGAGGUGGGGGACGGAAUUGGAAGAUAAAUA